AUGGCCACCACCGCCAAAUUUAUCAGAGACGAGACAUGUAAAAAAGUUGAUGCAUCACUGUAUAAGAGUACGAUAGGCAUUUUACUUUCAAUCACUACAAGUCAUCCUGAUAUUUGUUUCAGUGUUGGGGUCUGUGCUAGAUAUCAAUCUACCCCCACUGAAUUCCAUCUUACUACUGUGAAAAGAUUUAUCAAAUACCUGGCUGGUACCACUAACUUUGGUCUUUGGUACUCUUGUGAUACUAAUCUUUCCUUGGUUUGUUUUAGUGACUCUGAUUGGGUAGGUAACCAUGAUAACAGUAAAAGCACUUCAAGUGGCUGUUUUUAUGUGGGGAAUAACCUGGUUUCUUGGCACAGUAAAAAGCAAAACUCCAUCUUGCUUUCCACUGUAGAAGCAGAGUACAUUGCGGCAGGGGGUUGUUGCACUCAAGUUCUUUGGAUGAAACAAAUGUUGAAUGAUUAUAGGCUAUGUCUUGACACGCUAACAAUUUAUUGUGACAAUACCAAUGCCAUCAAUCUCUCCAAAAACCCGGUUCAACACUCUCGUACCAAACACAUCGACAUUCGCCACUACUUUCUUUUUGAGUUAGUUGAGUCUAAAAUCAUUAUAUUAUCCCAUGUUGCAUCUAAAAAUCAACUAGCUGUUUUGAUUACUAAAUCUUUGAGUUCACAAACUUUGUUCACUUGA